AUGAGCGCAGACGCAACAGGGACCGCCGUUGACGCCCGCACGCGCCGCCGCGAGGUCUACCAUGAGGCCGAUGUCGUCAUCGUCGGAGCCGGUGUGCUGGGAUGUGCGUUCGCGUAUGCGCUCGCCAACCAAGGCCGCAGCGUGCUGCUGCUCGAGCACAACAUGCACGAACCCGAUCGCAUUGUCGGCGAGCUGAUGCAGCCGGGCGGCGUUGCGUCCCUCCGUCACCUGGGCCUGGCGGACUGCAUCGAGGACAUCGACGCCAUCCCCUGCCGCGGCUACCACGUGGUCUACGACGGCGACGACAUUGCCAUUCCCUACCCACCUGUCGACGGCGAUGGCCACGUGCCCAUGGAUGCGUAUGUGCCGGGUAGCGACGAGUACAAGAAGAAGGACAGCAAGCGCGCCGACGGCAGCAGUGCGCCCAACGGCCGCAGCUUCCACCACGGCCGCUUCAUCAUGCAGCUGCGGCGCAAAUGUCUCGCCCAUCCCAACAUCACCGUCUUCGAGACCAAAGCCACGGGCCUAAUCCGCGCCCGGCCCCUAUCCAACGAGGUGCUAGGCGUGCACGCCGAGACCACAGUGCGCCUCGACGGCUCGCCAAUAUCCCGCGAGGACGCGGCGGCGGCCGCCAAGAAGGACAAGGAGUCGGGCGCCGCCGUGCCGUCGUGUCCGACCACCAAGAAGCCCGACUUCUUUUUCGGCCAGCUGACCGUCGUGGCCGACGGCUACAAGUCGGACUUCCGCAGUGAGGUCCUGGACACCAGCCCCAUCGUCAAGUCCAAGUUCUAUGCGCUGGAGCUCAUCGACUGCCCGCUUGAGCCCAAAGGAUUUGGCCACGUAUUUAUCAACUCGUCGGCCUUCCCCGUUCUGCUCUACCAGAUUGGCUCCCACGAAACCCGCGCGCUCAUCGAUGUGCCCAACAAUCUGCCGGCCGCCUCCGUUGCCAAUGGCGGCGUGCGCGGCUACAUCCGCAACGUCGUCAUUCCCUCGUUGCCCGAGAACGUACACGCCUGCGUCGAGGCCGCGCUGGCGGACGGCAAGAUCCCCCGCAGCAUGCCCAAUUCGUGGCUGCCGCCCGCGCCGCGCUCCGCCAUCACCAAGGCGGCCAGCCAGGGCGUCAUUUUGCUCGGCGACGCCUACAACAUGCGCCACCCGCUGACCGGCGGCGGCAUGACGGUCGCGCUCAACGAUGCUGUUGUUCUGUCGGGCUUGUUGGCGCCCGACCGCGUGCCCCGGUUCGGCGACCACGCCGCCGUCGCCCGCGCCAUGGGCGAAUUCCACUGGACGCGCAAGCGCCUCACCUCCAUCGUCAACGUUCUCGCCCAGGCCCUCUACUCGCUUUUCGCCGCCAACAGCCGGCCCCUGCGCAUGCUGCAGCAGGGCUGCUUCCAGUACUUCCGCCGGGGCUGGGCUGCGCAGCCCAUGGGCCUGCUGGGCGGCAUCAUCCGCAAGCCGCUCGUGCUGGCGUAUCACUUUUUCAGCGUCGCCUUCCUGGCCAUCUGGCUCAACACCGUCGAGGUCAUCACGGGUGGCUCGUCGAGCACCGGCGCGGCCGUGUUGGGACUGGUCAAGCUGCCGCUGGCCAUUGCCGACGGCAUCCUUGUGCUGUGGACGGCGUGCGUUGUCUUUUUGCCCGUGUUCUGGCGCGAGCUGCGGUAG